GACUUUGGUCCGAUUGUUUGAUUGGGAGACGGAGGUGUGAAGGACCGUGGGGGCAGAAAUCAGGUGUUCUUUGUGUGUUUUUGCCCUGGGCAAUUUCAAAGGUUCGGAAAGGGAGAGUGCUGGGCAGGCGAGUUUAAAGGUGGAUAAGUUGGGUUGUUAGAUUAGGACUGGAACUAUGGCUACUGGCUGUUGCGGCACCAAGAAACAAAAAUUGAAUAAUUCAUCCAGUGUACCAUCUUGCAACGGCACUUCGGUUUCACAAAUGGUCGCCUUACCCGAGAUGUGUUUCUUUUGUUUUGAUGUACUUUAUUGUCAUCUUUAUAACCUCGCUCCGCCAAAAACCCCGUCUUUCAGCAACGAUGCCUAUCCCCUCUUUGUGACAUGGGCUAUUGGCAAAGAAAAAAGACUACGAGGUUGCAUUGGCACCUUCAACGCCAUGAAUCUGCAGUCUGGUCUCAGGGAAUAUGCAAUUACCAGUGCUUUCAAGGACUCCAGAUUCAGUCCAGUGACUAGAGACGAGUUUCCUAAAUUGAGUGUGUCUGUUUCUAUUUUGAGACAUUUCGAGGAUGGAGACGAUUAUCUUGAUUGGGAAGUUGGGGUGCAUGGUAUAAGGAUCGAAUUUAUUAACGAGAAAGGAAAUAAAAGGACUGCUACAUACUUACCUGAAGUUGCCUCAGAGCAAGGCUGGGAUCAACUCCAAACGAUCGACUCCCUCCUCAGGAAGGGAGGCUACAAAGCUGCCAUCUCCAGCGACGUACGUCGCACAAUCAAACUGACGCGCUACCAAAGUGAAAAAAUAACGGUGAGCUAUCAGGACUACAUGAACCACUGGAACAGCCAACGUUGCUAGCAAAUAGUGUGGGGGCGUCCCCAAGAGGCCACGCCCCCACAUCCGUUCUACUCUCACUCAGUGCCCUCCUCCGCGUUCUUGAUGAUGCAGCAGCCGUUGCCCGUCCAGCAGUUCCAGCCCAGCAGCUCUCCAAUAGUGCUCCAACCGGUCAACAGCUCAUGGUGGGACCAUUACCCGGGCCCCUCCUACCAGAGGGAGUUCCCGUUGCUAUCGCCCCCUGGUGGACAUCCGGGGUACCGGGCCUCUCCUUUUCGUAAAAGGAAGUGAUUCGUUUUGGAGUUUUUUGCUAAUCAGUAGGUCUUAUGAAUAAUUCAUUUUCUAAGGGAGGAAACAGGUUGGGCCAACUGAACUGGUGCCCUCCGCUCAGGUUCAAAUUUUUAAGAAGUUCGUUGGAUUUUUUUUUAAGGUAGACUAAGAGUAUCUAGUAGGGCUAAGGUUGGAUAGGACUUGUAAAAUGUUGUUGUAUUUGAGCUCGAAUCGUUUAAAGUUGAACUACAUUAAUUCCGUAAUGUAAAGUGUUAGGAGUGUGUUUACACUUUUUUUUUUAUAUAUUUCGUUUGAUUCUCUUUAAGGUUAAGUGGAAAUAUGAUCUUGAUAUCCAUCAGUUUGGUGGAUACGCCCCACAAAAGACAUUAAAAUGAAGUUUAUAAAUUUGAACUAUUGAAUAUUGUUAAUAUUCUGUUUAUUAAUCAUCACUAGAAUUUUGUAUUUCAUCGAUAGGUGUAUAUUGAGCGAUUGACUUUUAAAUUGAGUAUGUAUGAUGUCUAAGGUUUUAUCUUAACUUUUUAGGCAUCGUAUGUUGUUUUUCCAAUUUUUUGCAUUGAACGGUUGACUUUUAAAUCGAGUCCAUAGUUGUCAGGCUAGAGUUGCAGAUUAGCUCGUUACUUGCUAAAAUUCCUUAAAAAAAGUUUUUUGCAGUGAUGAUAUUUCAGCUUGUACAAUUCGGUGUCAUCGUUGAGACAUAUCCUUGAAAUAUUAUUACUACUUUUCCGCAGUUUGUAGGAGAAAAUGGGUUAUUCAUACACUCGCGAGAUAUUUUUUUUGUAAAACACCAGAAAGUCUUCAUCCAUUUAGGUAUUAAAUUUAAUGGAAAAAAAAUUGAAUUCCAAGUCACUAUUGUGCCUAGAGAUCAGACACAAGUUUAAGAUUAUUGAGAAAAUUGGGUUAGGUUAGUUGGAGAACGGUGGAGGUGUUUAGGUUCUCCAAGGGUAGAGGGGGUUGUAUGUUUAGGUUACGAUUUGAAAGUGAUUAAAUAUAUGGAUUUAUUGUUGAUUAGAAUUUACAAAUCAAAACGUCUAUCUUAGUGUAUGAUAAUUUUUUAUCCAUCUAACAAAUAAAGAACAGUUGAUGCAUA